GGUGAGAGCCUUUGGAUGCGAAGGUUAAUAGACGUACAAUAACAGGCUGCUCCAUUGGAGUCUCUUCGUACGACACAAGAAAGCCACAAGAACUAGCACCUCUAUGUUCAUUGCAUCGCUGGUGGUGGUACCGUCCGAGUCGCUCAAGUUUGUUUGCGUGCAACUGUGAAUGUCAUCCGGUAUCCCCCUGCGACUGCGCUCUUCGCCAUGAACUAGUAUCUAAUCAACGCUAGUACGCCUGUUAGGCCGUAAUCAGCCGUACUGGAUAUACACAGCGAUCCUCGCUGCGACGUCAGUGCGAUCGAGGCUGGUUCAUUUCCGCUUCUCGCUUCCCUCCUUCACGUUCUUGCGACCCAUGUCUCUCGCUAAGAUCCCUUUUCUUGUCUCCGUCAUCUGGGGCAUCAACCAUGGCUUAAUAUCGCCUAACCGACCCUUAGCGUGCGACCGUCCAUUAUCUCGCCCUCUCGUCGAAAGGUACUACGUACCGUGCAUGGAGAUAGUCCGAAAAAUCCUCUGCGCUAUCAGCCUUAUCGAGGUUGCCCUCAUCACCAACAGUCACUUGCCCUCAUCACCAUUUGCCUCCUGCAUCCCGGAUGCCCUCAUGCCUAUUGGCGGAUUGCAGAGCCUUCGAAUCACGACGCCGUUCAUACUAGGCUGUCUUCUCAACGCACUCGGAACCCUCAUCCGCAUCCACUGCUAUCGGAAACUUGGCAGCGCCUUCACCUUCGAGCUCGCCAUCCGCCGCGAGCAGGCGCUUGUCACCGACGGCGCCUAUAGCAUCGUCCGGCAUCCCGGGUACACCGGUGGAUAUAUGGUCGUCGCGGGAUGGUUUCUAGCGCAGAUGUCAUCCGGAUGUUGGGCGAGGGAGUACCCUGAGAAAACAGCCUCGCUGAGUGCGACUGCCCUUUGGCUAGGCCUUCUAUUUCCUCUACUCGUCGGGACAUUCCUGCGCAUCGACGCCGAGGAGAUGAUGUUGAAGGGGCGGUUUGGCAAAGAGUGGGAAGAGUGGGCGAAGAGGGUACCCUACAAGCUGGUGCCGCGGGUUUGGUAAACUCCAAGGGCAUAUCUUUCCAAGUGCCAAUUACAAUUAAAUGGCAGCGACGUGUGCCGAGAACUAUAGAUUUCGAAGGGCCCUGCUGAGAACGGAACAGGAAUAAUUUUUCUCCGUCGACAGUCCAUUGACCUCUUGUCUCCGAUCGAAACUGGGCAUGCUCCUGAUCCUAUACGCCCCAGGUCUGCA